UAAUCAACAAAUUCUAAAGCAAAUUUCAAAGCCUACAAGAUAAGCAACAAAGAAUAACCACAUAAAAAACCUUCUACACUCUUCUCUUCUCGGUAUCUGAACUCUCCAGACAUGAAGAAAGCUGAGCUUGUCUUCGUCCCUUCACCGCUGGUAGGUCAUAUUGUCUCCAUUGUUGAGCUUGCCAAGCUUCUACUCAAUCGAGACGACCGCCUAUCCAUUACAGUGCUACUUAUAAAGCACCCGGAGGACCCUAUUGCCAACACCGUCGUCCAAAAUGUUGUCUCCGCCGAUGCCAGAAUCCGCCACUUGACCUUACCGGAAAUGGAGCCGCCGCCGGAAGAAAUGAUUGUCAAGUCCCCUGAGAAUUACGUCGCCGCUUAUAUAAAGAGCUAUAGGGCCCAUGCAAAACACGCGAUUGUUAAUACCGUGCUCUCGUCGGAUUCCGGCGAGUCGCCGGCGCUCGCCGGGAUUGUGUUUGAUUUGUUCUGUAGUUCCAUGGUUGACGUGGCGAAUGACCUCGGUGUUCCUUCUUACCUGUUUUACACCUCCGGCGCCGGGUUUCUCGGAUUCAAUCUUUACUUGCCGAUCCGGGAGAGAGUUGUGGGAAGAGAAUAUAGGUUGUCGGAUCCGGAUUCGGUGGUUUCCACGUUUGCAUCGCCGGUUCCGGCGAGAGUUAUGCCCACGUUCGCGUUUAUCAACGAUGGGUAUAGAUCAUUUGUCGAACAUGGGAAGAAGUUUAGAGAAACGAAGGGGAUGAUCAUAAACACGUUUGCAGAAUUGGAACCGUACGCUGUGAAAGCUUUAGAAUCCGACCCGGAUCUGCCCCCGGUUUACACGGUCGGACCGCUGCUCGCGCCUCAGAAGGAGCACGCAGGGAAGGAGGAAAUCAUCAACUGGCUCUCGGAGCAGCCGCCGUCCUCGGUGGUGUUCCUCUGCUUCGGAAGCCAGGGAGGGUUCGAGGCGCCGCAAAUACAUCAGAUCGCGACGGCGCUGGAGAGGAGCGGCCACAGGUUCCUCUGGUCGAUCCGCCGGCCGUGGUCCUUAACUAGCUCCGAGCGAGCCGGCGACUUCACCAGUUUCGACCCGAUUUUGCCGCCGGGAUUUGCGGGGAGGACCAGAAACAGGGGGAAGGUUUGCGGGUGGGCUCCGCAAGUGGAAGUUCUGGCCCACCGCGCCACGGGGGCAUUCGUGUCACACUGCGGUUGGAACUCGACUCUGGAGAGCAUGUGGCACGGCGUUCCGAUGGUGACGUGGCCUAUCUAUGCCGAGCAGCAGGUCAACGCGUUUCAGUUGGUGAAGGAGCUGGGGCUGGCGGUGGAGCUGACCGUGGAUUAUCGGAGGGUGCAAGGUUCGGAGAAUGUUGUAAUGGCGGAGGAGAUAGAGAAAGCGAUUAGAAGCGUGAUGGAGGCUGAAAAUCCGGUGAGGAAAAGAGCUAAAGAGAUGGGUGAGAUGAGCCGGAAGGCAUUGAAGGAAGGUGGAUCUUCCUUCAUCUCUUUACAACAUCUGAUUGACGACAUAAUUCAUAACAUUAAACAAUGCUAACUGAAGCUUAGAGCUUUAUCCCAUGCAUGAAAACAAUCCUACUUAAUCCUACCCUUUAUUAUUGUUGUUAUUGGUAUUGUUAUAAUUGUUGUUAUUGUUAUUAUUAUGGACAAUAGUUGCCACAAUUUAUUUUUAUUUGUUCGUCACUGUCAUGACGAACUAAGUUCAUUUUUCUUUCAUCUAAGAAAUGAUAAGAGUUCGUCGUCUUCUAAAUGAAUGGACGAAGAACGUUGUUCAUUAUCUUUUUUCUAAAAUUGGAGCAUGAUAUAAAUAGUUGAUUCUUC